GCCGCUGAGGUCAGGGGGUUGUAGCGCUGCCGCUGAGACUGCAGAGCAUCAUGGCGUAUCCUGGGCACCCCGGCGCUGGAGGCGGCUACUAUCAGGGCGGGUAUGGGAGUGCUCCUGGAGGACCGGCAUUUGCUGGUCAAGCUCAAGAUCCCUUAUAUAGCUAUUUUGCUGCUGUUGCUGGGCAGGAUGGGCAAAUAGAUGCUGAUGAGCUUCAAAGGUGUCUGACCCAAUCAGGCAUUGCAGGAGCGUAUAAACCUUUCAACUUAGAGACAUGCAGGCUCAUGAUCUCCAUGCUUGAUAGAGACAUGUCUGGCACGAUGGGCUUUAAUGAAUUCAAAGAGCUUUGGGCUGUACUGAAUGGCUGGAGGCAGCAUUUCAUGAAUGUCGACUCAGACCACAGUGGGACGGUGGAUUCUCAGGAGAUGCAGAAAGCUUUGGCAACCAUGGGAUUUAGGUUGAGUCCACAAGCAAUCAACGCUAUAGCGAAACGAUAUAGUUCUCAUGGAAAGAUUUCAUUUGAUGACUACAUUGCCUGCUGUGUUAAACUCAGAGCUCUCACUGAUAGCUUUCGAAGAAGGGAUGCAGCCCAGCAGGGAAUGGUGAACUUCCAAUAUGAUGAUUUCAUUCAGUGUAUCAUGAGCAUCUGAUCUGUAAUGAAGGAAGAGACUGAGCAUGAUCAACAUUCCACUUUGGUUUUUGCUUUGCACCAAAAAAAAAAAUCAUGGCUGUGUAACUAAAUGGUAUUUGCAUACUUUAUUAAUAUUGAUUUAUAUGUCUUUAUAGUUUUGAUAACUAACAAAAAAGGAACAGUGAAAUAAAUCCUGUUUUGAGUUGAUUGGUCUUUCAUAUUUGUAAUUCACUUUCUGUAGCGAGUAACAAUAUUAUUAUUCAGUUUUUAUCAUCUCUUCCUGUACUUCUAAGAACUGUUUAUACCUUCCUGUUAUUUUGUGCCUUUGGUAUGUAGAUGUAUGGCAAUACUGUAUAAAGUGGUAGAGAAACUUAGGGGUUCAGUGAGAACAGAGACUUUCCAAGCAAUCCAGAUGUGGCUUUCCAAACACACAAUCUCUUUUUAAAAUCCAUUUUCGCUUUUAUGCAGCAGGAAAUAUUGCAUUAGUAGUUGUUUAUGCUAAUUAUUCUAUUAUUUGUGAACCCACGUCUCCUUACACUGGUAAGGUUAAGCCACCACUUAUGUAUGUAUGCUCUGACAUAACUGUUAACACAUCCCAGAAUAUAUAGGGGAAAGAUAGACAAGAAAGAGGGAAGUAAGUCAGCAAUCCAUUGGGAACAGAGGGGAAAUACCUUGAAUAAAUAACUUAAUUCCUCACUAGGGGGAGGUUUCCCAUAUUUUUCAUACCUUGAAGAAACAACACUGUUAUAUACCACACAUACCAUUGCACAUGCUUAUUUAAUAUAUUUUCCCAUUCAACAUAGUAGUUAUGCUGCAAUAUUCAGUGUAUGCUUUAGUACAUGUGCAAAAAAAGUGAAUUCAUGACUCUGUAUAUGCAUUUUCUUUUCUUUUUUUUUUAA